UAGAUUCCGUAUGCUAAUAAUUCUAACAAUCCCUUUUGGUCAUUUUCGUUUCUUAAGAUGUCAAUGGUAUUUGUUUGAGUGGAAGCAGAGAGGUUUUAUAAUGGAAGAAGACCAAGGUCUUGAUCCUUAUAAGCACCUUAAGAUAGCUCCCAAUCAUGAUGGCACCAUCACGCGCCUGCGCGUGGACCCACCCACUUCACCGGCGUCAGAUCCUAACCUUCCGAUUUCUGUUCUGACCAAAGAUAUCAUCAUCAUCCCUGAAUUUAACGUCUCUGCUCGAAUCUUCGUGCCUCGGAAAGCACUGGAUAAUUCCUCCCCAAAGCUACCUCUUAUUUUGUACUUCCAUGGUGGCGGCUUCAUCUUAUUCAGUGCAGCCUCGUCCAUGUUUCAUGAUUUCUGCAUAAACAUGGCCAACGACGUCCAAGCCAUCGUAUUGUCGUUAGAUUAUCGUCUUGCGCCUGAUCAUCGGUUGCCGGCGGCGUACGACGACGCCAUGCAAGCGUUGCACUGGAUCCAAACCAACCACGACGACUGGCUCGGGAAGUAUGCUGAUUUAUCUUCUUCUUACCUUAUGGGCAGUAGCUCGGGAGCAAAUAUAGCGUACCACGCGGGUCUACGUGUAGUUGCGGAAUCGGAAGGUUACGAUGAACCGUUGAAGAUCAGAGGGUUGAUAUUGGUGCAGCCAUUUGUCGGUGGGAUGGAAAGGCGUGGAUCUGAAUUGAGGCUGGUGAAUGAUCCGGUGCUGCCGCUGUGUGUGACUGACCUGAUGUGGGAGUUGUCGCUGCCCGUUGGAUCGAACCGUGAUCAUGAGUAUUGCAAUCCGAUGGCUGGAAGAGAUGAUGAGGAGAAGAAGAAGAAGAUGCAGAAGAUGAGGGUGUUGGGAUGGAGGGUGAUGGUGAUUGGGUGUGAGGGGGACCCACUGGUGGACCGUCAGAAAGAAAUGGUGACAUGGAUGGAGGAAAAUGGUGUAAAAGUGGAGGUCAGUUUCGAAGAUGGAUAUAAUCACGGGGCUGAACUUCGUAAUGCUCUUAAACAAAAGGAGCUCUUCUCAAAGACCAAGACUUUUGUUGGCUCUUAGCUAUCUGCUGCUUAGACUGAUUAAUGGGAUUUAAAUAAUACUUGAAUGAAUGGGUUCAAUUCAGUGACUUAUUUGUAUGUGUUCUUCUUAUUAUAUGGGAAGACCUUUCUUUGUGUUUUCCACCCACUAGAGAUAUCGAAAGUGGGAUUUCUUAUUAUUAUCUAGAGAUAAUUUAAGUCAUAUUUUUAAUUGAUUUUUGACCA